AUGGUUUUGAUUGGCAACAACCUAAAGGAUGCAUUGGAGAUUCACCAGGAUGGUACUGCCGGCAACACUACAUGUACAUUUAUUAUUAAGGUUAAGGAUGCAUUGGCCAUUCACCGGGACGGUACUGCCGGCAACGCUACAUUCGCACUCAAAAGGAUCUCCCCACCGUUUAGCCAAAUUAGUCGGAGCUGCGUGGUUGAAAGAAGUGGUUGCCAAGACGAGGAGAACGACGUUAAUCAAGAGGAAGCAGGAGAAGAGACCAAAUUUUGCCAUUUUGAAUA